ACGUCAGCUAUAGUACUCGCGACAUUUAACUAUUUACUGUUGGACACUAGCUUGUUGUAGUGCGUUUCAGAUUGUCAUGAAUCAUUAAUGCCAUGAAAAAGAUGAAAGCUUUACAAAGGAGGACACAUACAUUUACAUACAUUGUGAAAUGGGUAGCAAUCAUAUAUAUUUUAACAUACAUCGUUUGUUUACCUUUCCGAGAAACAAAAGAUAGAGCAGACGAAACAUCCUACAAACUCUUACAGGCCUACGUAGAAUCUGGCCUGUUGGGGACACCGCCGAUACGUCAUAGAUCAUGUAGUAACGGUGACGUAUUCCUGCUCAUCAUGGUCCCAAGCGCUGUGUCAAACUUCGAACAGAGAGACGCUAUCCGCAGAACUUGGGGAAACGUUUCAACAACAAAACCUACUGUUCUGUUGAAAUUUGUGUUAGGAAAAAGUAAAGAUACUGUUCACCAGAGCCUUGCAAAAACUGAAAAUUCUAUUCAUAAUGAUAUUUUGUUCGAGGACAUAUUGGAAACAUAUGAAAAUCUGUCCCAAAAAUCUAUAGCGUUGCUACGAUGGGCUUCGAAAAACUGUGAAGGAGUAAGAUAUCUUUUGAAAAUUGAUGACGACAUGUUCCUUAAUCUUCCGAGACUUUUAAACGAAUUAAAAGUUCAUCCGAAAACAAACUCUAUAUCUGGAUGCAAAGUCAUUGGUGCUUCUCCAUUCCGAUUUGCAUUUUCGAAAUGGAAGAUAUCGAGAUCGGAGUAUAAAAAUGAUUAUUAUCCAGAUUAUAUAGCCGGAACAGCUUAUCUAAUCAGCGGGGAUAUUAUUUCGAACCUAUAUCGGGCAACACGGAAUGUUCCUUAUUUCAUCUUUGAAGACGUAUAUAUAACAGGUUUAUGUAGAAAACAUAUUGGUGCCGUUGCAUUAGAAAAUAAAGGUUUUAAUUGUGGAUAUCGCAAUCGUGGUCCCUGUGGAAAUAACUUCAGAUAUCAGAUAACAGGACAUCACUAUACACCGAGGGAAAUUAAAAGGAUGUGGCGUGAGUUACAAAAUCGAUGGUCAAAUUGUCGACUUGUGGAUCAUUACUUUAUUUACAAAUUAGCUGAUUUGUUUAAGUAUAUGUUUUUGUGAAUUGAUGUGAAAAUUGAUAGGAAACAUGGUGCAUGAAUGGAAUAAAACGAAAUCUAAAAAUUCAUAGUUAUUUUCAUUAAAAAUUAAAACGAAUAUUAUACUCCCCUCCCCUUUUUUCCCAUGCGAUGGCUGUUUAAUAACUUAUAAAACAUGUAAUACCGUAUCCACUUAUGAGAUAAAGUUUCCAUUAUAUUUGUCAAAUUCCCUACAGUUGAUAAUGUAAUUGUAUCAUCAACGGACUACUAAUGUGUCUAUCAAUGAAAUAGUCCAUAUAAUCCUUUGGUAUAAGAGAAAAACGCAAGAUAAAUACAACGUUGACCUUUAAAUAAUACAAUUUGUUUUUGCAUUAGUGGAUGCAUUUCAAUCAUUAUUGAUAUAACUAUGCAUGUAAUACAUGUAUAUUGUCCUGGUUUUAAUUAUGCUUCUUUGCAUAUUCCCUUUUACACAUCAAUCUAUCAUUAAGCCCUUCGGACUUUAUUAGAUUUGUUCACGCCCCGACCGAAAUUAUCACCUCAUAAUACUAAAAAAAAAGAUUUCUUAUUCUUUAAAUCAAUCGGUUUCAACAUGGGUUUCCAAUUCUUUAUUGUAAAUGAUAAGUUUGUUCUGGGUACCUUAUUAUAGAAGUUGGAGGCAAAAUAAUAUCAUAAUUUUAUGUUUAUUUAAAUAAAAGGAAAUGCAACAAAACGAGAUAAAUCUGAAAAAAAUGUUAAAUGAUUUAGAGCAAAAUAUCUAAUAACAAUCUCUUUUUACAAAGUUUGUUUCCCUGCUUUGAAACUUAUUUCAAACCUAGUCUUUCAAUUAUGUACCAUAUAUGACUUUUUAUCUUGUAGUGGUUUCAUACACAGACUUGCAAAAAGUCAAUGUUCUUUUAAGCCAGUCCCUAAAAGAUUAACUUUAUUAAACUAAAAUAAUUGGAAACGCAAAGUAAAUAAAAGCUCAUUAAAUAAUCUUUCUGAUAUUUCUUUUUAUAGCAAAGAGAGGCAUAAGCAGAAGACACGAAUAAUGAACUUAACCAUCCACAAAUGCAAUAAAAUUUAUAUCAUUAAUAGUCAACGAUCUACAUAGUAAGUGUUUUCUCUGAUUUCAUUGGUGGAUUUAAAUUUUGACCCUUAAUUUCAAAAUUUUGAAACUGUAUCAUAAAUUGACUUCUAAGUAGUUUGUUAAGGACAUUGGCGUUCAUGGUUUCAGUACAAAUUUCUUGUAGAUUUUACAUUGCAUUUUUAUGUGAAUAUAAUUAUAUGCAAUUACAAGCACAACAGAUUCAUCUCUAAAUCCUUAUUACAUGUAAAACAACAAUUCCAAAAAAUAUACAUUUUCAGUUUUACAUUGAUAUCAAUAGAAAUAUAAGUAAUAAGUCGCAAAAAAUUAAUGUCUAAAGUAAGCAUUUUUUUUUCAUUAGUGAGAUAUGUGGUCAUAAAUUAUAUGCUCAUAAUUGUAAAUUGAUUUAGUAUGA